CUAGUUUUAAUAGUUACCUACUAAAGAGACAAACGUUGAACCCAGGGUCGAAGUUAAAUUAAAACCAGCUGGUGCGCGGUCCCGAAGUGGACGAAAAAACGGUACCGGGCUCCGGUGCGCUGGGACGGCCAGGGGUUUCCCACCCUCUCACCUCCCACCUCCCCACACCCAACGGCGCUCUCGGAGAAGGGCCCCGGUGACGACAGGCCGGCUGCAACCACACCAUUGACCUCAUCGCCGAGGACGGGGUAGCAUUUUCUUUCCGGGGUAGACAGCCGUUGUCUCUCUAACAUAGACCCGUGAACGCCAGUGAAAAGAGUGUCUUUCGAUCACAGCACCUAUCAUACGAUCGAAGACUUGCUCGACAACACACUCACAAACUUACUUAUUCGGCCAUGGCGGACGGCGUCGAUACUGGGGCACCUUUCCCACUGCCUCGUGUGACCAUCAAGUUCUGCACCCAGUGCAAGUGGAUGCUAAGAGCAGCAUAUUACGCCCAAGAGCUCCUCUCAACAUUCUCCACCUCGCUGGGCGAGGUCGCACUCCAGCCAUCCACAGGCGGGACCUUCGUGGUCGAGAUCCUGUACUCCUCCCCCCCGCCGUCCUCCACCUCAACCCCACAACAACCGGGUGACGGGGGAGGGGCCAUCGCCUCCCCGGCCCGAAAGGUCCUCUGGGACCGCAAGACAGACGGCGGCUUCCCCGAGACCAAGGAGCUGAAGCGCCGCGUGAGGGACGUCAUCGAGCCGGGCCGCGACCUCGGGCACGUCGACAGGGACCACGCGAGGCCGGGUCCCACUACUUCUGGUGCUGCUACUGCUACUACUACUACCGCCACUGCGACUGCCACCACCAGUGAUUCAACAAAGGUGGCAGCCGCCGCGGCGGCGGACGCCCGGCAACCCCACAAGGCCAAGCCGUCCAGGGCCGAGCUCGAGGCCGCGGGGCCCGCGGGCGCGGGCUACCCGGGGGCGAGCGAGGCCGCCGCGGAGGCGACUGCCGCAGCUGCCUCGUGCGAGAGCAAGAAGGAGUGCGAGGACUGCGACUAAGCCGGUGGUGGGUGGGGGCGCCCUGGGUUGCAAGUGGGUGACGACGACGACGACGACGACGAGGAGACGUUCAGGCGGCGAUCUAUCUGGGUGGUUCUUCACCAGUACCUACCUAACCUAACUGGUCAAAUAUGCAUUCGGCCGGGCAUGGGAGUCUUCACCAGGGGGCACGGUUUUCCGCAAUGCCUACUUGCUUCUUGUGGCUGGCAUAGUCGCCGCGCGGCUUCGGGGUCUUUCUUCGUCAACACAAGGCUCUGGCUGGCUGGCUGGCUGGCUGG